AUGCUUCCCAUCAGCUACCCGGAUGUCUACUCCAACAUUCUCUAUGCAAUAUCUGGAUUUUCAAUUCCAAUUCAUUUAUUUGGAGGUUAUUGUAUAUUAUUUAAAACUCCUCUAGUAAUGAAAUCUGUUAAAUGGACACUAUUCAACCUUCACUUUUGGUCGGCUGCCUUGGAUAUAUUACUGAGCUUACUUGCUCAACCAUUCCUGUGCUCUCCGUUUCUAGCAGGAUUUCCGUUAGGCAUUCUGAAGUUUGCGCCUACAGAUGUACUGGUAUUGGUGUUGAAGACUGUAUUCAUGCUGGUCCCGGUUUCCAUAAUCUCCAUGUUCGAAAAUCGCUACUUCAUCUUAUUUGUCGAAAAUCGCCCCAGACGAUGUUGGCGAUAUCUUCGUUAUCCAUUCCUUAUUAUCAACUACCUUUUUGGAAUAACCUACUUUAUUCCAAUUUUCUUGAAUGUACCUAGUGAUCAGGAGAAUGCCAGGCGCAUUCUAUUCAAUAUGUAUCCAGAUGCUUGCGAAUACGUCUCUGACAAGAAUCUGGUAUUUGUGGUGGAUAUUGGUGACAUUGCUUGGUCAAAGAUACGAGAAAAUGCUCUCACAUUUUUGCUUCUUUCGGAGAUUAUAGUGUUGGCAGUGGUGCUUAGAGUGAAAAUGAGUCGGGCAUUGAAAACAGCGAUUAGUGGUGACACACUACGAAUGCAGAAGAAAUUCUUACGAGCGUUGAAUAUACAGAUCGCAAUUCCGAUACUCUUGUUCUUUGCCCCCGCCGCAACUGGAAUCCUAACAAGCCAGCAGACGUCCAAUGAGCAAUUGGAGCACAACUUGUUUGUCAUCACAACGUCAUUCCAUGGAGUUCUAUCCACAAUUCUUAUGAUCUAUUUGCAAAAGUGUUAUAGAGAUGUAUUUAUCGGGCUUUUUGGGUGUCGUAAGCCUGAUCUUGCUAUCAAUACAGUAGUCUUACCAUCAAUUAGAUUUAGUAUUGCGUGA